CUUGUCGACACCCCCAACUUGCUCACUAAGUGUUUGCUAUUGCAUUACUUGCGCCUACUCUCAAGCCGUCCGUCUCCUUACCACCCCCACACAUCCUUCGACGACACCCACCACCAAAAACCACCUCAUCUAUCGCAAUGGCUGUUCCCAGUUAUUGUAAUCACUCUUUCAACAUGUUGAAGUCAGAAUCAACCUUGAUCCAAUGGGUCUGCUCGAUGUGCCACUCUGGCCCGCAUUGGUUCAUCUUUGAAUGCAAGUACUGCAAGUUGAAGACUUGCCGUCCUUGCACUAACAAAGUAUAAAACCCUUCGAUCUGGCGUUGUUUGUGUGAAAGGGAAAAGAUUCAGCCUAUCGUCGGUCCAACGUCCUCCUAAAGCAAAGCUCCUUCCUCUUCCAACGUUGGCUGCACGCAUU